UAUGAAUGAUUAAAGGUUGAAGUUUCUCAUUUCGGGACUGAGCUUAGUGUUCACUACCCGACGGCGACUCUCUCUCAAUUCUAGUCUCUUUCUGUGUGUCUCCUCCGGGAUAAGUAAUCGAAGAUGAUGAAUGAGCUGUUUCUACAAUCUGUUAAAGACUGUGCUGGCAUCUGUCAUCCUGAUUGCGAACGAGCAAGCAAGGAGCGAGAAGAUUACGAUGCAUCUGAACAUGCAGCUGUGGUAGCGGUGAAUCUGAUCAGCUCUGCACGGGUUAUCCUCAAGCUCGACUCUGCGUAUACUGAGUACUCAGCUCAGUAUUUGGUGGAUAACGCUGGCAAGGAAGACGUGCAGGGAGAAAGCUUCACUAUCGAAAAUGUUCUUCGGUACAUGGAAGAACAUGUUCAGACCAAGAUGGAGGAUAGGCAGAGAGAAAUUGAUCAAGAAAGCCGUCAGCUCACUGUCAAAGACUGCCUUGAAUGUGCUUUCAAAAAUGGGUUGCCGAGAAGAGAACAUUGGGGACAUUUGGGAUGCACCUUCAAGGCUCCUCCAUUUGGUUGUCACUUUCCUCGCGUCCCCAUGAAAGGAGAAGUGAUUGAGGCUGAGAAUUUGGAUGAAGCAGUGAAGCUGUUGAUGGAACAACCAGUUGGAGCAAGACUGCAUGUGUUCAGUCCAGAGAUUGAGAGUGUUGGAGAGGGAAUUUAUGAAGGUACGUCAGGUGAUGGAACACGAUAUGUUGGACUUAGAGAUGUGAUGAUAGUUGCUGUGAAGAUGAUCGAGGGAGACCUUGUUGUGACUGUGAAGCUAUGCUACAAGAAGAAGACUUCGUUUGUCAAAGUGUGUGGGAGACGUAUGUUGCUUCAGCUUAAUGGUAAUGACGACUCUCAGGUCAAAGAGCCAACAUGUCUGCUUGUUGACUUCUGUGCCCCGCGCUUAUCUAUCAACUAAAACAAGUGCUGUGAUCUUGGUAAGUAUCUGGAGAAAUUUAUGCUAGUUGUGCAACUUUGUUUGUUUGGUCCUAUAUUAAGAAUGUUUUUAUCAGACUUAUUAUCUGUUGAAGUAUCUUCUAUACGCUAUGUUUGUUUGUUGUCUGAUAUUAAGAUUGUUUUAUGAGACUU